CCCGCCACUUCCGCAAUCCGCACCAAUGGCUUCCAUCACCGAGUCCACCGUCGACGAGCUCAAGAGCUUGGUUGCCAAGCUUGAGUCCAGGGUCAACGCCCUCGAGAGCCAGCUCGAUGGCGACAAGAGCAGCAACAGCCAGUCGAUGCGCAUGAUCCUGAUGGGUCCUCCCGGCGCCGGCAAGGGCACCCAGGCGCCCCGCAUCAAGGACAAGUUCUGUGUCUGCCACCUGGCUACCGGUGACAUGCUGCGCGCACAGGUUGCGAAGAAGACGCCGCUGGGCCGGGAAGCCAAGAAGAUCAUGGACCAGGGCGGGCUCGUGAGCGACGAGAUCAUGGUCAACAUGAUCAAGAGCGAGCUCGAGUCUAACACCGAGUGCAAGAACGGCUUCAUCCUUGAUGGCUUCCCGCGCACGGUCGCCCAGGCCGAGCGGUUAGACGACAUGCUCACGGCCAAGCAGCAGAAGCUCAUGCACGCCGUCGAGCUUCAAAUUGACGACAACCUGCUGGUGUCGCGCAUCACUGGUCGUCUGAUCCACCCGGCGUCGGGACGCAGCUACCACAAGAUCUUCAACCCGCCCAAGUCGGCCAUGAAGGACGACGUGACGGGCGAGCCGCUGAUCCAGCGCUCCGACGACAACGAGGAGGCCCUCCGCAAGCGCCUCAUCACCUACCACGCCCAGACCUACCCCGUCGUUUCCUACUACCAGAAGACGGGCAUCUGGAAGCCCAUCGACGCCAGCCAGGAGCCCGGCCACGUCUGGACCAGCCUGCUCAAGGUCUUUGAGAACGACAAGUCCAGCAUUGGCGGCCUCUCGGGCGGCCUGAUGAACAAGCUCGGCCUGAAGAACUAGAUGCGUGCGCAGCGCCACACUGCCGCCGAGGCAUUGAUGGGAAUAGUAGGCAAGGCAUGGAAAGCCUUGUCUGCAGGGGUGUGGGUGAAUGAGUACUAGGGAGAUUCAGAUAUCGGACGCAUGUUGCUGUGCUAUGAGAGGGGGUGGUCGUGGUGCGGAG